AUGGGCUGCUCUCCAUCACGUGGGAACGGUCUCCACUCAUUACGAAGAGGGAGAACUCUACUUCCAGGAACUAAUGAGAGACUUGGAGAAUCACAAUCUGACGAUGGGAGCAGUGGAGAAAGCUGUGAAAAGGACACAGAGAGAGAGAACUCAACAGUUCGGAACAACACAACUUCAGUACCAUUAGGGAGGAAAUUCUCUAUGACUGAGUCUGAAGGAGCUGCUUCUGCUAAAGUGGGUACACAAGAGAUUACCAUUGAUAUAUUAUCUCAAGGUAAGGAACGGCAAGAAGAAAAACGGGAGCCUUGUGAGAAAAAGGGUGCAAAGAAGUCAAAGAAAGGUCCUAAAAGUAUCAAACUAAACAGGAAGAAAGAAAAGGAAAGAACAUUUGUUAAUAAAGAAAAAGUAGACUUUCCAGAGGCACUUGUGAAAGCUCAUCAAGCAGCAUAUGCAUAUCUUAACCCCAGCAUCGGUAAAUAUGAAGAUCUGUUGGAAUUAUUUGAUCAUGCAGCCCAAACCCAAAUUUCCUUGCAACCCAUGGUGGCAUUUUUGGUCUUACGCUAUGAAGAAAUAAACAAAGGGCUACAGGAAAUAGUGGAAGAGGGGGAGAUGAUGUUAAAGGGUAAUGGAGAACAUCUGGCUUGGCCUUGUGAAAAAAAGAAUUCCUCUCCACCCAACUCAGCAAAAAAUGUGACCGCUCCAACCUGCAGUGAGCCUCCACCAGACCUACUACAACAACUCCUUCAGUACACCGUACAAAGGAUGCGUCAGGUAGGUCAAUCAGUGUGUGGAAUUGGGGAUACUGCUCUGGAGGAGGCGGUGGAUUACUUCUCUAUUACUGAAAUUCUAGAUGAGAAGCUCAGGACAAAACGUGCAUCAGAGUCUAGAUUAAUGCGGCUGCUCUCUCGGAUUGAGGCAGCAUCAGAAAAACCUGGCCCAGAAGACUCUGCACUAUUUAGUGAAGACAGUGGACUUGGAGCAGAAAGUGAGUCACUGGCAGGUUCAGAAAGACAAGCCAAACGCAGAGAAAGUUCUGAGUCAACUGGAACAAUUUAUGCAACAUCAGGUAGCCCUUGCAGUUCUACACCAGUUCACCAAGGCUCAUACAAAGGCAGACUUCUCAAAACAAUAAGCAAAAGCAGCUCUCUUAACUCAAUAGACUCAACUUGCACUAUUACAGAAAAAGGGCACAGGGAUACAGAAUCUCUACUUGGCUUUGUCUCCUUGGAUGAAGGUGGUGCGGAUGAUGUGGAGGAUGGUAGUGAAGAGGAAAAUUGCAAGGAUAAAAGAAGUAAACAAACAGAUUUUUUUACUCUUGACUGUAGGCAACCACGUCGUUUACCAGCAAAGCGAAUUGAGAACCCACAAAAUGUUGAAAUGACAUUAAAGCUAAAAGAUGCCAUUAGUGGUCGAAUUAAUUUUUUACCAUCUCAAGGCCAGGGAGAAAAAGCAAAACAGGCAGAAAACCCAAACAGCAGUAGUCAAUGGACUGAGGAUGGUGACAAAAGUUCUAAAAGACCCCAAACAGCUGCGUAUAGAACAUCUAAGAAAAAGACUACAGUUAAUAAACGGUCAAGAUCAGCAGACUCUCUGCGUAAUAAAGCAGAAGAUCCUACACUCAUUGAACUUGAGAGAACUCAAAAGGAACUCAACCAAAGGCUGGAGAGAAUGACCAAUGUUAAGUGUGAGGGAAAUACAAAGCCAGGCUCAUCUAAAAAUCCAAGGACAAAAGAAAAGGACAAAGGAAAAGGAAAGGAAAAGGAAAAAGACAAGAAAGGUCCGCCUGUUAAGGGCCCAGUUAAGGUUAUACCUGUGCCAAGUCCUCCACCAUCACCCCGCCAAUCUUCAGGAUUGUAUAGAGAAAGGAAUUCUGUUAAACUGAUUGACACUUUUAGUCAGAGCUUGGAGGAAAGUAAACAGAGCCCAGACCGUGCUAAAAUUCUUGGACCUCUUAAAGGUGUUAGAAAGUGUGGUGUUCCCAUCAUUCCAGGUUUAGGUCUCUCUGCCACAUUAUCGUUUAAUGAAAAUAGUAUGUUCAGUAGUCAAGGGGAAUCACGAUGCUCUGAAAGGACAGAGGAUCUUGACAUUGACAAUCUACCACCCCCUCCACUUGAGGUUCUCAUGGACAAUUCCUUUGAAAAUGUACAAACAAAGGACACACGAGAAAAUGUAUCAAGCAGAGGCCGAUCCGCCCUCCCAAAGCGGACUGCAAUGUCUCAGAGGCUACGAGCCUCUCUGCAGUCUGUUACGGUGCUACCCAGUAAGGGGAAUUUGUGUAAGCCCUCUGUUAGCAUGUCUCCAGUUCGUUCCAUGUACCAGGAUACCAGAGGAGUUGUAAAAGGUGGUCAUCAUGAUUCCAGCAAUGAAACAGACACAGAAAGUGAGGAGGCUGCCUCCCUCUACAAACAAGCAAGAAAGAUCAUCCACUUGAGGCAUUCUUCUGACUCACUGGCAGAGAAACAUACAGCUGAGCAGGGCCACAGGCAGCUUUCUUCCAGCCAAAAUGACAUAGAGGUUUCACAAAAGGAGAACAAUACCAAUGAAACAGUGCCAAACAAUGCCUGUAAAAACCAAACCCCUGCUACUCCUAGUGCUUGCAGAACUCGCGUAUUGCCAUCUACACCUCUGUUACAUCGAAAACUCCCAAGUCCUCCAGUACUGAAAGGUCAACCCUCUACUUCAAAUUCAUCUAGCCCUCCUGUACUCCGUAAACUCCCAACCCCACCUUCUGCUGGCCAACGAACAUUGCCAAGCAGCCCAGCAUCACGUCAAGACCACAACCCCAUCACUGUGGCAGGAGUCACCUACCCCUUUAAGGCACCAUCACCUCCUGCUUCCCCAAAAGUGCAGCGCUGGUCUAGAGAAAACAGUAGUGAGGACUCUUCAAGAGUAUUUAGUAAUGCUCGAUCAGUGUUUUGUCCGGUAUCAUCAUCGUUAUUUGAGGCUCAGCCUGUUCCUACACCCAAGCCCCCUCAGGCAUGGGCAUCCUCCGGCAGCAGUGUUUUGCCUCGUCCCUGGGGUGAGCGUGGUCGGCUGCCAGUGUCUGCACGAGGGCCCCAGCCAUUCAUCCGGCGCAGCCAGUCAGACAGGAGGCCCAGUUUAAGCCUGCCCUCCAGGGUGCCAGUCAUCUCUGUGGCAGAGACAUGUGGGAGUGAACCAGCAAUUAGCACCCAUGGGCUGGAAGAUAUUCCAGUCAGAGAAGACAAGCCAUGGAGUGAGCCAACAGAAAUCAGAGGUGCAGUGCGGUCUGUCUCACAUCCAGACUUGUGCAUUGUGGGUCAAGGUCUACACAGGAAUGGGAGAAAUGAGCAAGUCAGGAUGCACCAAUCGGGCCGACGGACCGUCUGGGAUAGUGAGAACUCUGAUUGGAUGCCUAGUUUCACUAAUGAGUCAGUGCCAGAGAAUUAA